AUGAAGGUCGAGUUUGCGCCGCUCAACAUCCCGCUGGCGCGGCGGCUGCAGACGGCCGCGGUGCUGCAGUGGGUCCUGUCCUUCCUGCUGCUCGGUAAGGGCCCCGUGUGCAUUGGAAUCAUCGUGAUACUGAUCAUAUACAACUUUUGGUUCCUCUAUGUCCCUUAUAUGACAUGGCUUUACUUUGACUGGAGUACCCCAGAGCAAGGAGGCAGGAGAUCCAACUGGGUCAGAAGCUGGACCGUUUGGAAGUAUUUUAAGGACUAUUUUCCAAUUCACCUCAUCAAAACUUGGGAUUUGGAUCCAAGUCACAACUAUAUAUUUGGGUUUCACCCCCAUGGAGUGCUUGUUGCUGGAGCCUUUGGAAAUUUUUGUACAAAUUAUUCGGACUUCGAGGAGCUGUUUCCUGGCUUCACCGCAUAUCUUCAUGUGCUCCCAUUUUGGUUCUGCUGUCCUCUCUUUCGAGAAUAUCUGAUGAGCAGUGGGUCAGUCUCAGUUUCUAAGAAAAGUGUGUCCCAUGUGCUGAGCAAGGAGGAAGGUGGAAACAUUUCAGUCAUUGUUCUUGGGGGUGCAGAGGAAUCACUGGAUGCCCAUCCUGGAAAAUUCACUCUGUUCAUCCGCCAACGGAAAGGAUUUGUUAAAAUUGCUUUGACCCAUGGCGCCUCCUUGGUCCCGGUGUUUUCUUUUGGAGAAAAUGAGCUAUUUAAACAAGUUAACAACCCUGAAGGCUCAUGGCUUCGAAUUGUGCAAGAGAAGCUACAGAAGAUCAUGGGGUUUGCUUUGCCGCUGUUCCAUGCCAGAGGAAUUUUUCAAUACAAUUUUGGCCUGAUGCCCUAUAGGAAACCUAUCCACACUGUUGUUGGUCGCCCAAUCCCUGUUCAUCAGACUCUGCACCCAAGCCCGGAGCAGAUUGAGGAGUUGCAUCAGACCUAUAUGGAAGAGCUAAGGAAACUAUUUGAGGCACACAAAAGGAAGUACGGUAUUCCUGAGCACGAGACUCUCACUUUUAAGUAACUAUACUCUGAGAAGGCAUUUGAGAGGAUGAGAGAACAUCCCAUUGGAGGAUACAUAUUUUAAAUAAGGACUUUUUUCUUUGAGUCUGGAAUCAAAGUGGCAACUGAAAAGUAUUACUUAUGGUGACAGAUGUUGAUGUGUAUCCGUGGGAAAUAAAAAUACAGUGGGU